CCACCUUGCCUGUAUAGUGCGAAGACGAUGUCGACACCGUGGAACAUGUGACUACUAUUGCUAAAGGUCAUAGGUGAAGUAAUUGUGACUCAUACCUGAAUUAUCUCAUUUGUGUCAAAAGGUCUAUCAGUUGUGUCAUCAAAAUCCCGGACCUUGCAGUGUUGGUUGGCAUCACCACAUGUUAUCCGUAACUGGUCUAUGUGACAGCUGUUAAUAUGACGGUUAUGAACGCUUCCAUUUGUUUGCUGAUAGUUCACAUAUACAUGUUUGGCAUCGUGAAUUUAUACAUGUUACCAAACCCGGAACCUAUAUGUAAGUACAAGGAAUUGACCGUUGACUGCAGCCACAAAACACUUAUGACUAUUCCACAUGGCCUGCCAAGAAAUACUAAACGUCUUAUAUUGUGUCACAACAGUAUUGCAAGACUCACAGCUAUAUCAUUCAAAGGUCUUCCCAAGCUUGAGUUUCUGGAUUUGUCAUACAAUAGCCUUUCACACAUCGAUGAUGCUGCUUUCGCAUCGAUGCCACGCCUUAAAGAACUACUUCUGGGUCAUAAUGAAAUUGGAAAGUCACUACCACCUGCAACAUUCAGAAUGCUGACAGAACUCACUCGGCUUGAUCUCAGUCAUAACUUGAUUGAUUCCAGCAAAACCCAACUUCUCUUUGGACUGAACAAGCUUUCUUAUCUCAACUUAGCACAAAACAAGUUAAAAUCUGUUAAUCUGGGACAACAUUUGAAUUUGACUGAUUUAAAAAUGCUGAACUUGUCCAGAAAUAUAAUUGAUGGUCUUCGUAGAGAUGAUUUUGCUGGAUUGAAUGGAUCAUCCCUUAAUACAUUAGACAUAUCGUGCAAUAAUAUCACAGUUAUUGAAGAUGACGUCUUCCAAGGAUGUACUAUAAAGAGCUUCAACAUAAGCGAGAGCUUUGCUAAAAAUUCAUCUGUGUUGGUGAAGAGCCUAGUUGGCAACCUCAAGGGUAAACAUUUACAAGAAUUAAAGCUACAGAAUCUGAAUCUUACUCGCCUAAACAAUGGAACAUUUGAAGGAUGGGACACAGAGACGUUAUCGGUCUUAGAUCUUUCUUUGAACAAGAUCACUGUGAUUGAAAACCAAGACACAUUCCAUGGGCUUGGUAAACUUAAGUAUCUUAAUCUUGAUGCAAAUGGUCUAACAGGUUUCAACAACAAGAUAUUCCUGGAACUUAAAUCACUUGAGCAAUUAUCACUGAAUCAGAAUAACAUAACGAUUUUGAAAAAGAACAUGUUCUCAGAGGGCAUUCCUUUGCCGAUCACUUAUCUGUAUCUUAGAAACAGUAAUAUCAACAAGAUCGAAACCGGAGCCUUCAGUGGAUUUGAUCGUCUUGAGAAUUUGAAAAUGUACAAUAAUAGUAUUGAUGGAACACUCAACAAUUCAUGUUUUCAGGGUCUUGUGAACAUUAAAUUGUUAGACUUGGGGAAAAACAAACAUAUACAUUUAAGUCCAGGGACAUUUUCUAUCAUGCCAACCCUUAAAUAUUUAUAUCUCAACCUCAAUCUGCUUACUAUUGACCCUUCAAAGCUUUCUCCAUUCACAAACUUGACUCUUCUGAAAACCCUUGAUUUAAGUAACAACAAUAUGGACACUGUUCCUUUCUUUGAUGACUUAAAAUCGCUUGAAACGCUUUAUCUACAACACAAUAACUUAGUUUUACUCUGGAAGAAGACUCACUCAGGAGGCCCAGUCUUUAUGCUACGAAAUCUCACUAAACUCCAGAACUUGCAUUUAGGCUGGAAUGGGUUAGAUAACAUUCCCCCAAUGGCUUUUCAGGAUCUCCACUCUCUAAAGUAUGUUAGUUUAAUAUAUAAUAAAUUAAAUCGUCUCCCUGAUGAACUUUUCAAUAAUACACGAAAACUUCAAAAUCUUUAUCUGCACAAUAAUAUGUUUACCUUGGUCAAUCAGUCUAACCUUGCCUACGUUCUUCCAUCCCUGAAAGUCUUGAGCAUGAACUUCAAUCCUUUCUCCUGCAGCUGUGACCUUGAAUGGUUUAGGUUGUGGAUUGGUAAAACAGACAUUGACAUUGUGGAUGUUGAGAAAUAUGAAUGCUUCUCACCACCGUCUAUGUCUAAACAGCCUGUAUUGUCAUAUAUGCCAUCACGGUGGACCUGUGAUGGAAUCCCCCCGACGUGGUUCUGGGGUAUUAUAAUAGCCAUUGCUGUUGUAGUCAUGAUUCUCAUUGCCACUGGUAUCAGAUAUCGAUGGCAUAUAAAAUUUCGAUUUCUGCUUAUAAAAGCACGUUUCAGGAACUAUACACCACUUGAAGGACAAGAUGCAGAAUACCGCUACGACGCAUUUGUCUCGCACAGUAGCAAGGAUGAAGAAUGGAUUAUUCAGAAACUUCUGCCAGAGUUGGAGGAAAAUGGCUCACCAAAGUUUAAAAUGUGUUACCAUGAAAGAGAUUUCACAGGUGGGAAAGCUAUUGUGGAUAACAUUAUCGAGUGUAUUGCAGAAAGCAGAAAGACUAUUUGUGUUAUAUCUGAACACUUUCUUGAAAGUGAAUGGUGUAAAUAUGAGCAAACGAUGGCACUCCAUCGACUAUUUGAUGAUCACAAAGAUGUACUCAUUCUAGUAUUGCUCAAAAAAGUGCCAGACAAAAAACUCACAAAGUAUGAGAAAAUGCACAAGUUAAUGAAAAGAAAAACCUACUUAGAAUGGCCAGGAAAUAGUCCUGAGAAACAACAAGUUUUCUGGCAAAAAUUGAGAAAUGCUCUUAUGUGUGGUGUUAAGCCUUCAAAAAAUAUAGAUUUAUAA